CUAGCAUUAGCCGUUUGUAAGUUAUACGACGCCAAAGUUGGCGCAGGCAGCAACACACACCGCCAAGCCCAAAACACACACACACUCCAGUCUGGAUUGGGCUGAGGAUCGUAUGAAUGCUUAGACACCCCUCAGAUCAAAUCACACACCUGCCAUGAUUGAAAUUUUCAAGCUGUAUUCAAACUAGCAUGAUUAAUCUAGCCUGGUAUCCGGCCAUAAUAUAGCGAAGUGCUGAAAACGGAGGGUGAGGCUUUCGUGGUUUUGCUUCUCUUCAAUUUUUAAAAUAUCUUCACUGAUAUAUUUUACAGCCACACAAUGAUGCAUGUAUGUAACAUUAGAAACAACAGGAAAAACGUGGUGUUACACACGCACCAUAUUUGUCACCCCUUAGAUACUUUCAUGCCCUUAGUGACAGACAAUGUUUUGUAACAGUAAGGAGUACGUUGCGUAAUUAUGUAAACAGACUCAACCGGUUAGGUAGGUGAUCUAUUUCCUUGUAGUCUGUCACCGGCUUCACAAAAUCAGUUUGCAUUGCAGAUACCAACAUCAAACAUCCGUCGACGUUUUAUCGCAUAUGCGAGUAACAGCCCCGAAAAGUGACGUUUGCGUUACACAGAACAGCAUAUAUGCAACAUCUAAGGAUCAUCCUAAAGUCGGGCCUAGGCGUCCUACUCGCAAUAAUGGUUGCAUCUGGAGACGCGCUGACGUCCAUUCUCAUGCGUCUUACCAAACUUGGCGGUGUACAGAACUUUCAGUCCAUCUUCUGGAACCAAGUCGCGCAGAUGAUCUUCGUCUUGUGUCUUACCAUUGCCGUUCGACCCAAACUCAGAAGGGAAUGUUGGAAGGAGACCGUUGUUUUGGUUUCAGGAGGAAUACUCCGCGUUGCAGCAACGGUGUGUUUGUGUCUAUCGUAUCUACAUGUUUUACCGGGGAACACGUGGUCUGUUGUGUACGGCCUUGGCCCCGUCCUCACCAUUGGACUGGCAGCACUGAUCGCCAAGGAACGACCGAAUGUCGUCCAAGUCGUGGGGAUGGUCAUCUGCAUCUGUGGGGUGACCAUGGUCGGGGUUUCUAUGAAUGCCAAGGAGGCCAACAGUCAGACUGUGCAACAACAAGUACUGACUUUACUUUAUCCACUUUCUGCCACUAGUCUCCUCACCCUGUGUUGGGUUUUACUGAGAUGGCUGUCCCAGAGAGGCGUUCCCCUUGUGACACACAUGUUCUACUACAGCAUUAGCGGUAUCCUCCUAUUGCCUCUUGCUUACCUUGUAGAGAAGCCAGGGUGGAGUUUUUCUCCAGGUAUAUGGGGGUUACUAGUUGCCCAGACGCUUGCAUAUGCAAUGCAAUAUAUCAGUAACGCUGCCGCCAUUCACAACGAAACCAUCAUAACAGUUCAGAUUUUGAAGGUACUAACAAUACCCAUGGCCUUCCUUAUGGGAGUCUUUUUACUAAAACUGGCGCCAAACGUUCUAGAGAUUUGUGGUGGAGCUAUAGCGACGGUAGGCGCGGUGGUGGUUGGCCUGUGGGCCUUAAGAUCAAAUCUUAAGCAGAAACGUCAUGAACAGAUCAAGGAGAUUCUUGGCUUCUCCGACAAGCCGACGUAAGUGUUGAGGCGGCCGAAACAUCUUUUUCCUACCAUCUUAGACUUCCAUACUGAAAAAAAAUCAGUUUUGUUCCGUCACAACACCUUCAUGCGUGAUAUAGAUUUUUUUUAGAUACGACACAAA